UACGGAUCCGAAUAAUCAAGGGUUUCUUUGUAGUCAUUCGAACAACAUGUUAGAAGUAUUGGUUUCCACAUUGGCGCAGGAGAUGCGAUGCCAUCGUUACCACGAAGACACAGUGUUAAAUGGAAUGGUAGUAUUGAAUCCAUCCAUCGACAGCCAUGCGGAGGCGGAGUUGACUCAGUUACAUAACUCUCCUAUUCUUUGCCUUGCCCCUUUUACGCUGCCUCAUGCCGACCGCUACCACCACCACUAUUCUGCGAUGAAAUGUACACAGCCCUACGCUCCUUUGUCUAAUGACCCAACGCCAGCAGAUGCAGCCCAAAUUGACCUCCUCUUUCGCCUUCGAAUAAUAGAGCAGCUGCAAGCGUUCGCCUAUCCUCAUAUCCACCACUACCAUCCUGAUGACCAUAUAAUCGACAUCCUCAACUGGAUAGCCUCCUGCUUCGCUCGGAAUGCCUCAGGAGACGCUGUAUCAGUUGCCUUUUCCGCGCAUCCCGGUCUCAUCACCCUCUACGUUGCCAAUAACCAUAAUACUCCAAACACCGACACUGUCAAGAACUGUGUGACGCUCUUUCUCUCCACCUUGCGCACAGUACUCCAUGAUGAUGACAUUGCGCCGGAGGUGGCAUCCCGUAUGUUUUUCCGCAUGGUGGUGGAUAUUGCGCAUGCGAGGAUACAACGUAAAAUAGACCUCGUGGGUCAGACGGAGGAGGGACCUGGUCAAACGGCGUAUCAUUUCACGAACCUUGUGUCCCUAUGGCUCGUAUAUCGCCCAGAGGGUGAACAGUCGCGGGGAUUCUUGAAUAUGGCAACGAAUUACGGCGGAGACUCAGCCCGUGCGAACGAGUACCUUAUACAGUCCUUUCUUACGUUGGUGAACCUGUCGCCGGAGCAAGACAAGAUAGACGUGGACGAACGAUAUACCUAUCUCUCUUCUAUAAUCACCGCAUGCAGCUUGUUGGUCAGUUCCACGUUCUUUGACGACCUCGUAAACUAUCAUUCCUUCCGGUUAUCUUUAAAGAUUCAGGAUCGCAUAUUCCUACCCAAAAUUUUUCAUCGAAUAUCUCGCAUCGCCGUUUAUAAGAGCGGUGCAAUGCAAUUUGCCUAUCUCGGACUUCCUUUUAUUCGGCAAGUCCUCGGUGUUUCGCCGCAAGGAGCCAUAAAUGUGAAGCUUAUAAGCGAACCCAAUACCCCCCAUUCUUUGUCCAAAACGCACCAUUGGCCAUACUCCCCAUCGGACCACAUUCCCCACAUUCUCCUUGAUACCACACUCUUCGCUCCGAACUUUCACAGCUUGACAGUCAGUUACGCAAUGAACUUCUCCAAUCCGAACUUCUGGUCAAUGUAUGGCAGCAAGGUGCACCAGUCAACACCAAGUUUCACUCGGAGCUGCAGUUGAUUCAUUACUUGGAGGAAAACCACGUGGAUGUUGCUUGUCAAGCGUUUGGGACCUCGAAGCCAGUUUGCUGGACUUGUGGAUGCUACCUCGAUCAAUUACAGUGCUCUAGUGCAGGCACCACUGGGAGUGAGGAGGAAGAGGAAGUAGGAGAAACGGCAGAACGGCGGUGGUGGCAUUCAAAAGGAACUAGAAAAGUUUACCAUGAGUGGAUGAUACCCCCUUCCGCUAAGCAGGAUACAAUAGAUGGUUUAUUGGAAGAUUCGCAGCACGAGAUGGAG